UCUCCAAACAUUUCACUCCCUGCUCAGCAUUUUUCCCUAAUUCAUUGCAAACAAUGGAGCCGCCAACCUUCUCCAACAUCCUACCACUAAUCUUCUGCAUCAUCCUCAUUCUUCUUUUAAAGAAGCUUAGAACCCCCAAAACCUCCAUUACUAUUCACCUUCCACCAAGCCCAUGGAAGCUCCCCAUCAUAGGAAACAUUCACCACCUUCUCGGUGGCCAUCCACAUCGAAAGCUUCGAGACCUUUCCAACAAAUACGGCCCUUUGCUUCUCCUCCAACUCGGAGAAAUAAAUCAAAUAAUCAUCACAUCCUCAGAACUCGCUAGCAAGGUCAUGAAAACCCACGACAUCAAUUUCGCUUCACGACCGGAAUUCCUCGCCACCAAAAUCCUCUGCUAUAACAGCUCCGACAUUGGCUUUUCUCCAUACGGCAAAUAUUGGUCGCAACUGCGCAAGAUCUGCACAGUUGAAUUACUUAGCACCAAGCGUGUUGAGUCCUUCGGCUUCAUAAGAAAGGAAGAAGGAGAUAAUCUUGUUGAUAAGAUCCGCAUGGUCGGGGGAUUGCCUGUGAAUCUUACAGAGAUGUUUUUAUCUUUGACAUACUCUACCGUUUCCAGGGCGGCAUUCGGGAAGGAGUGCACGCAACAGAAGAAGUUUUUAAUUGCGAUGAAAGAGGCGUUCAAGCUCUUGUCGGGAUUCAGUAUUGUGGAUUUUUACCCAUCGUUAGGGUUUCUUGGUGAUCUGAUGGGGUUGAGGGCUCGGUUGGAGAGAGUGCAUCGGCAUUUGGAUGAGAUCUUGGAGGAGAUAUUUGAGGAGCAUCGAGCAAAGAAUCUGAGGGGAGAUGGGAUCGGCGAAGAUAUAGUUGAUGUUCUGCUCAGACUUCAGAAUCAUGGGGAGUUGGAUAUUUCUCUCACCGCAGACAAUAUCAAAGCUGUGGUAUUCGAUUUAUUUUUAGCUGGAACUGACACCUCAUCUGCUACUUUGGAUUGGGUCAUGUCUGAGCUUAUUAAGCACCCUAAAAUCAUGCAAAAGGUUCAAUUAGAAGUGAGAAAUGCUUUCAAAGAGAAGGAAAAUAUGGAGAAGGGAGAAGUCAACAAACUUCCCUAUUUGAAUAAUGUUAUUAAAGAAACCCUAAGGCUACACCCAGUGGGCCCUCUUUUAGUUCCUAGACUUUGCCGAGAGACAAUUGAAUUAGAAGGCUACACUAUAACAGCAGGAAGUCGGAUUGUGAUCAAUGCAUGGGCUAUCAUGAGGGAGCCAACAUAUUGGGUUGAUUCAGAGAUCUUCCGACCUGAGAGAUUCGAAGAGGUUGAAUUUGAUUUUAAAGGAACUAAAUUUGAUUAUAUUCCCUUUGGUGGAGGAAGGAGAGUUUGUCCAGGCAUAACAUUUGCAAUAACUGGCAUAGAGUAUUGGCUUUCUCAGUUGCUCUUUCACUUUGAUUGGAAGCUGCCUGGGGGAAAGAGGCCUGAGGAAUUGGAUAUGAAAGAAAUAUUUGGCUUAACAGUAUCGAGAAAAAAUGAUUUGCUCCUACUUGCUACUCCACAUAAAUAAUCCUCCAUUGCCUACAUAUAAGCUGUCUUGUUUUUCUAAUUAAGCCUUCAAAUAUUUUAUGCAAAAUUUAUGUAUAUGUUAUUUGAAUAAUAUUUGUGUGCUGAUAUUAUGCCCAAUGAAUGAUUGUUGCUUUGUGACAUGUUAGUGUACUACUUGCAAUAGAAAAAUAUU